CUAUACAUACACAGAGACUUAUAUCUAGAGGAGGCAUUUGGUUGGCCCUCCGAAGCCACCGCUGUUGACAACCGUCCACCGUCGUCUUCCUCCUAACAUGCUCAAUCUCCUCCUUGUAUCCUCCUCCUCCUCCGCCGCCGCCGACGCCGAAGACGAUUCCACCAGUAUGCCCCCUUCCUCCUCCGCCUCUAGAUCCGCCGCUAAUCACACCUCAAGCUCCUCCUCUUCCCUCUAUCCCUGCAAGCAUUCUCCGUCGGCGACUCUCGACCUCCUAAUCCUUAUCCUCGUCCUCUUCUCCGGCGCUUUCCUCCUCUCUUCCUACUUCUCCUACCUAAUCCACUCCCUUUCUCUCCUCUCCUCUCAUUUCCCCUCAAUCGCCCUCUCUUUCUCCUCUCUCCUCCCUCUCGUCUUCUUCUUCUCCGAUCACGACAACGACGAUGAAGAUUCCGAUUCCGAUUCCUUCGGGAUCUCUCCGGCUUCGUUCUUCUUCGUCUUCGCUGUCUUCUUCGCGGCUUCGAUUGCGUUCCUCGACCUGUGUUGCGGGUCGAGAUCGAGGAAGUGCCGUAACCCAAAAUGCAAGGGGUUGAAGAAGGCUAUGGAGUUUGAUUUGCAGCUGCAGACGGAGGAAUGCAUCAAAUCUGGAUCGGCUAAGGAGAUUGAUCGGUUGCCGUGGAAAGGAGGCAGCGAGAGCAAUCCUGAUUACGAGUGUUUGAGAGCUGAGCUGAGGAAGAUGGCUCCGCUUAAUGGUCGAGCUGUGUUGCUUUUCCGAUCAAAGUGUGGUUGUCCCAUUGCUAAGCUCGAAGGCUGGGGACCUAAGAGAAGCCGGCGUCAUAAAAAGUUUGGUUAUUCCAGUUCUAAUGAUGAACGGAAUUUGUCAACUGGUGGAUCGAUGACUAGUUUUGUGAUGGUUGUGCUCUUGGAAGCCAUCCUUGAAAGUAUAAAACUUCGACCUUCAGGGUUUAGCAUUUUGCUCUCAUGGUCUCUUAUGAUCAUAUCGAUUCUUUUUCUGGGGUCUCGUCGCUGUCGGGUCUUUUCUCCUCAGCAGGCGAGAUGUUUCUCCGCUUCGAUCACGACGGCUCCGAGUCCGACCCACUUCGAUUUCUCCGGCGACGGGAAUCCCGAUACUGAGCGAGCUCUCGUCUCUGCUCUUGGAUCGUGCGCCUCCAGUAAUGACGUCACUUGUGGCCGACAAAUCCAUUGCCGCGUCUUGAAAUGCGGCUUUGAUUCAAAUGUGUUCAUCUGCAAUAGCGUCCUUAACAUGUACGCUAAAUGCCGUCUCUUGGCGGAUGCGGAAUCUGUUUUCCGGUCGCACGCGAAACUUGAUUCUGCAUCUUUCAAUAUCAUGGUCGAUGGGUAUGUUCGAUCUCGUCGUCUUGGAGACGCGCUUAAGUUGUUCGACGUAAUGCCUGAGAGAAGCUGCGUCUCGUAUACUACUCUGAUUAAGGGUUACGCUCAAAACGAUCAGUGGAGUGAAGCGAUGGAGCUUUUCAAAGAGAUGAGAAAUUUGGGAAUCAUGCUUAAUGAAGUGACAUUAGCCACUAUUAUAUCCGCUUGCUCACAUUUGGGUGGGAUUUGGGAUUGCAGGAUGUUGCAGAGUUUGGCGAUGAAGCUGAAACUUGACGAUCGGGUUUUUGUUUCGACGAAUUUGCUGCAUAUGUACUGUGUCUGCUCAUCUUUGAAGGAUGCUCGUCACUUGUUCGAUGAAAUGCCUGAGAGAAAUUUAGUUACUUGGAACGUGAUGUUAAACGGGUACUCAAAAGCUGGACUUAUCGAGCAGGCUAAGGAUUUGUUCGAUCAGAUCACUGAGAAAGAUAUUGUCUCUUGGGGAACCAUGAUCGAUGGGUGUCUCCGAAAGAAUAAGCUUGACGAAGCUCUGGUUUUCUACACCGAGAUGCUGCGCCGUGGAAUGAAGCCUAGUGAAGUUAUGAUGGUGGACCUUCUCUCUGCUUCAGCUCGAUCAGGAGGCAGUUCUAAAGGAUUGCAACUUCAUGGUACCAUCGUGAAGACGGGUUUCGAUUGUUACGAUUUCAUACAAGCAACGAUCAUACAUUUCUACGCUGUCUCUGAUAACAUAGAACAGGCUAUUCAGCAGUUUGAAGCGAGCAUUAAAGACCACAUCGCGUCUAGAAAUGCGUUGAUUGCUGGAUUUGUAAAGAAUGGAAUGGUUGAGCAGGCAAGGGAAGUAUUUGAUCAGACUCGUGAUAAAGAUAUCUUUUCAUGGAACGCUAUGAUUUCGGGUUAUGCACAGAGUAGUUCUCCUCACUUAGCUCUACAUCUCUUCCGCGAAAUGAUCAGUAGUUGCCAAACAAAACCAGAUGCAAUCACAAUGGUGAGUGUCUUCUCUGCAAUUUCAUCGUUAGGAUCGUUGGAAGAAGGGAAAAGAGCGCAUGAGUAUCUAAACACUAGCUCGAUUCCUCCCAGCGACAAUCUGACCGCUGCUAUAAUCGACAUGUAUGCCAAAUGUGGAAGCAUCGAAACCGCCCUAAACGUUUUCCGCCAAACAAAGAACAUUUCUUCUUCAACAAUCUCUCCCUGGAACGCUAUCAUUUGCGGGUCAGCGACGCAUGGCCAUGCAAAACUCGCUCUUGAUCUCUACUUUGAUCUCCAGUCACUCCCCAUCAGACCGAACAGCAUCACUUUUGUCGGUGUCUUGAGCGCAUGCUGCCACGCGGGGCUUGUGGAGUUGGGUAAAACGUAUUUCGAGAGCAUGAAGAGCAGUUACGGGAUCGAGCCAGACAUCAAGCAUUAUGGAUGUAUGGUUGAUUUGUUAGGGAAAGCUGGGAGAUUAGAGGAAGCAAAAGAAAUGAUCAAGAAGAUGCCAAUGAAGGCGGAUGUGAUCAUAUGGGGAAUCUUGUUAUCGGCUUCACGGAUUCACCGGAACGUAGAGGUGGCUGAGCUGGCGGCUUCUGAGCUGGCGGCGAUCGAUCCAUCUCACGGAGGAUGUAAAGUGUUGCUUUCGAAUGUUUAUGCAGACGCAGGGAGAUGGGGCGAUGUUGCUUUGGUCAGAGAAGAGAUGCGAACAAGAGAUGUUGAGUGGUCACGUGCCUUGAGUGGCGUUGUGUGAUUUGUGCUGACCCCUUUUCGUUUCUUCGUUCUUGUUAGGCUCUUUAAUGGGCUUUAUUGUUGUUGUAUGGGCCAUUUGUAUGGCGCGUGGAUUACACGGGAAGGUUUAUCGGAAACGCGUCUGAACUUUGGUCAGUUCGUGUUUUUGUGGGUCCAUCCCUAGCUGAGCUGGCUCUUUGCUGCCCGAACGAACGCGUGUGUUUGCUCAGAUUCCAGAACACAGACUCUCUCAUCUUUUUUGUUUCUUGUUCAUGCAAUAAAUUAUUCUUUA